AUGGAGGAAGAGUCGGCUGCUGAAGAAGUUAUGGAACCGACUAAACUCGAAACUGAUCCACCAUCAGAUACUCCCGGUGAUAACAUUGAAAAUUUAGUUCCAAAAGUGCCUCCAAACGAGAUUUUGAAAGAAUUAAACCUCCCGACAAUUGCCUUUUUAGUAGGUAUUGAUGGUAUUGAAGUAAAGGAUAAAGGAAUCGUUCCAGUUGAGCAAAAUCUUGAAAUGUUUACUUUAACUCAAUUGUAUAGUCUUCGAUCAGAGCUUAUUCAAUUAAAAGCAUUCGUCGACCGUUCAUCAUCAAAUAUACAGAAUACAUACACUACACAUCUUCAUAAAAUUCGCCACAACUUGCGAAAACCUAGUUUUCAACAUGAUCAAGUCAUAAUUCACAGUAAAGAGUCUAAUAUCAGCAGAAAUUUAGUCGAAACAGAAGAGGAAGAACAAAACGAGAAUGAAAAAGAAGAAAACUCCGAAAUUGAACAACCUCGCGCAAUUACUGCAGAUACAAUCUGGGAAACGACAGAAUUAUUCUUUAAACCAGUCAAAGACAUAAAUUAUUUCGAUAAAUACCUGCAAAAGACUAAACCACAAAUUGAUCCAUCUAAAUUCAAAGAACCAAUUGGCGAUCAUUACUCAGAAGUAUUUAGUAGUUUUACAGGAAGCAAAUCCAAUCGUCUUCAAUCACAAAUCUUCAUUCCGAAACCAGCAUUUGUAUUUGACGAGGAUGGCACCGAGACGAACUAUCUUCAUUCUAGACUUUUCUCAUCAUUUAUUAGUCUCUACCACAAACACAAACGAAUCCAAGAUAAUUCGACAUCUAAUUUCUCAGAUUCCGAAGAAUCUUUCGAAACAUGGUGUAACUCCGACCAUCCAACAUCUAAACUACGUCGUGAACUUAGUGAUAGCAUCGAACUAGUUCGAACACACGUUAUUCCAUCCAGCGAACGAAUUGGUCUUACGAAAUACGGCAGUCUUGAUUACGAUACUAAACUUAAAGUUGAAUUGCUUAGUUUAGGUCUUCAUCCUAACCACCGACCAUCCGAAAUGAGUAACCAAGUUAGUCGAUUGUUAACAUCAGAAAUUCAGUCACAGAAGAAAGUAUAUUCCGAAUCCAACAGGUACCGAAAGAUGAUGGAAGAAUACGUCCACUCCGGACAAGAGAUUUUCCAAAUCAUCUCAAAACGCGCAAAAAAUUGGAAUUCCGCACUUGAAAUCUACCUCAAACAAGAGGAACAACGCAAGAACGAACUCAAAGAAGAAGAUAAAUCAGAAGAAGAUGAAAAUGAACAAACAAAAACUUAG